AUGCCCAAAUCAAAUACCAAUAUCGUCGCUCUCUCCGUCCUUUCUCUCCUGACUAGCGUCUCUGCCUACACCACCGUAGGCUGCUACACCUCCCCAGGCCAACUGACCUCGACCGGUUCCUACCAAUCCCAAUCCCAAGGCUACUGCCAGGAAGUCUGCACGAAGCAAAACCAGCCCAUCUUCGCCCUGCACAACGGCAACGAAUGCUACUGCGGUGACCAGCUGCCUCCGUCGGAGGCAAAGGUUUCCUCCACGCAAUGCCAGACCUCUUGUUCCGGGUUUCCUUCUGAAUACUGCGGAAACACCACAACCUGGCUCGUCAACAACUCCACCCUCACCACUCCCCUCACCCUCAUCGCCACCGACAAUACAGUCACCAACAACAAACGCGACUCCACCACCAACACUGAAAACGGCAUCGUAAUCGCCCCCGACUCCGACGAAACCUCCUCGACCCCCCCGGAAACCAUGAGAGUUAACCCCACAAUCGUGGAGACUGGCGUCGCAAUGGCCAGUUCCCCAGCCGGAGCGGCGAACGAUGACGUACUCAAGACAGCUGCCCCGUCUGUCACCGCUACAUCGAUGGUGGUUGCGGCUUCGGCUUCGGCCUCGGCGUCGGUCACGGCCUCGGGCUCCGGGUCGGUUAGUAGUGGGGCGGUGGUGAGUCCGUCGGCUAGUGUUGGGGGUGCUUCUGCUCUUGGUAUGGGUGUGGGGUCUGGGUUUGGGAUGGUAGGGGGUGUGGUCUUGUCGGUUGUUUUGGGUUUGGGGUUGUAA